AAAAAAGAAACUCUCGCUAUUCGCUUUUAUUCUAAAAUACCCCAAUAAUUUCAUGUAAUUACCACAAUGUCCCUUGACUCUGAAUCAUCUCCUUCCUCGAGCAGGGACUGGUUCUUCCCUCCACAAUCCUUCGUACACUCUCACCCCGCCAAAUCUCCCAACUACAUCCGCCGUUUUUCCGAUACUUCUCGCUUGUCUCGGCGUUACACCGAUUACCAUAGGUAUCGCAAGACUUCGUCCUCUAUUUCCGAUUCGCAUUCUUCUUCAACCAUCACUAAUGAUGUCAAGUUUGCUCGUACUCGACGGAGAUUUGAUUUUGAUCGUCGUAGUGAUCUCUCGCUUAAAAGUUCCGAAGUUGAAUUUUCUUCCAAACGGAAGUUGGAGCUGCCGGACGUCUCGAGCUCCGUUAAGAAAGUCUCUGAUACUUCUCGUUUGUCUAAGUCGAUUGACAGUUCGCUGAAAGUUCGAUGGAUUUUUUUGGCUAUUACAGCAUCGAUUUUUGUCGUGAGUUUUGCAACGAUCGUGCAUGAAAACUUAUAUUUACAGGAGCAAGUCAACAAUUUAGAGACCCGGAUUUCUAAUCUAAACAGCAAAUUACGAGUUUGCAAUUUGUUUGACGAUGGAAAUGAAGAUGAUGUACGUUCACCAGACGAAGUUACUGAUGUUUUUACAGAUAAAAAAUUAAAAACUUUAGCGUCAAUCGCAUCCCUUACACUGCUGUUUGCUCCUAUCAUUAUCCUUAAGUACAUUGACUAUGUCUCUAAAUCGAGAUCGUUGGAUCAUAAUUUGGAAGAAGUUUCACUCAAUAAACGACUUGCGUAUAAGGUGGAUGUCUUUUUCUCUAUCCACCCAUAUGCUAAGCCACUGGCAUUGUUGAUAGCAACUCUACUAUUGAUUAUGCUGGGAGGUUUAGCACUAUUUGGAGUGACAGAUGAUAGCUUAGUCGAUUGUCUUUGGCUAUCUUGGACGUACGUGGCUGAUUCUGGAAAUCAUGCAAACUCUGAAGGUUUUGGUCCAAGGCUAGUAUCAGUUUCUGUUAGCUUCGGUGGGAUGUUAAUAUUUGCUAUGAUGCUUGGCCUUGUAUCCGAUUCAAUAUCUGAAAAGUUUGACUCACUUAGAAAAGGAAGAAGUGAGGUUGUUGAACAAGAUCACACUUUGAUCCUUGGAUGGAGCGACAAACUGGGGUCACUUCUGAAUCAGAUUUCUAUAGCCAAUGAGAGCUUGGGAGGAGGAAUUGUUGUGGUGAUGGCUGAACGAGACAAAGAAGAAAUGGAACUUGACAUUGCUAAAAUGGAGUUUGAUUUUAAGGGAACCUCUGUUAUAUGCAGAACUGGAAGUCCAUUAAUCCUGGCAGACUUGAAGAAGGUCUCGGUGUCAAAGGCCCGUGCAAUUAUUGUCAUUGCUGAGGACGGAAAUGCUGAUCAAAGUGAUGCCCGUGCAUUGAGAACUGUUUUAAGCCUAACUGGAGUUAAAGAAGGUCUGAGAGGACACAUAGUAGUGGAACUUAGUGAUCUUGAUAAUGAGGUUCUUGUUAAACUUGUUGGUGGAGAGCUUGUUGAAACUGUAGUGGCUCACGAUGUGAUUGGACGUCUAAUGAUUCAAUGUGCUCGACAGCCAGGACUUGCUCAGAUUUGGGAAGAUAUCCUGGGUUUUGAAAACUGUGAAUUCUACAUCAAAAGAUGGCCACAGUUGAAUGGUAUGCAAUUUGAGGACGUAUUGAUUAGCUUUCCUGAUGCGAUUCCUUGUGGAAUCAAGGUUGCAUCACGAGGUGGAAAAAUUGUACUGAAUCCUGAAGACUCGUAUAUCCUGGAAGAAGGUGAUGAAGUUCUUGUUAUAGCAGAAGAUGAUGAUACUUACGCUCCAGCUCCUUUACCUACGGUAAGAGAAGCAUCAUUCAUUCAUAUUGCAAGACCAACGAGAAAGCCACAGAAGAUUCUACUUUGUGGAUGGAGGAGAGACAUUGACGAUAUGAUUGUGGUAUUGGAUGCAUUUUUAGCUCCGGGUUCAGAGCUUUGGAUGUUCAAUGAUGUUCCUGAGAAUGAGAGGGAAAAGAAACUUGUUGAUGGUGGUCUUGAUAUCAGCCGAUUGGAGAAUAUAUCUUUGGUUGACCGUGAGGGAAAUGCUGUAAUUCGGCGUCAUUUGGAAAGCCUUCCUUUGGAAUCAUUUGAUUCAAUUUUGAUUCUUGCUGAUGAAUCUGUAGAGGAUUCAGCUAUUCAGGCUGAUUCAAGAUCUCUAGCAACCUUGUUGUUAAUACGUGAUAUUCAGGCUAAGCGUAUGCCGGUCAGAUAUGCCAAGGGUACAGCACACAAAGGAAGUUUCUCACAAGGCUCCUGGAUUGGAGAAAUGCAGCAGGCUUCUGAUAAGUCUGUUAUUAUAAGUGAAAUUCUGGAUCCAAGAACUAAAAAUCUCCUUUCAAUGUCAAAAAUCAGCGAUUAUGUCUUGUCUAAUGAACUUGUCAGUAUGGCCUUAGCCAUGGUGGCUGAGGAUCGACAGAUAAAUGAUGUUUUGGAGGAGCUCUUUGCAGAAGAGGGUAAUGAAUUGCAUAUAAGGCAAGCUGAUCUAUACCUUCGCGAAGGUGAGGAGCUGAGUUUCUAUGAAGUACUUUUACGAGCUCGACAACGAAGAGAGAUUGUAAUUGGUUAUCGUUCAGCAAAUGCUGAAAGAGCUGUCAUCAACCCUCCAGCCAAGAAUGAGCGACGGAAGUGGUCUUUGAGAGACGUUUUCGUAGUGAUAGCUGAAAAAGAAUGACAUCCAUACUGAUAAUUUUACACCGUAGGUGGGGAUUAACAUAAUAUCGGACGGAAGAAAUGCGAAAACAUCAAAAAGUUUGGGAUUCACAUAAAUUAUUCAGGUGGUGGCUGGUCAACAGGUUUCCCUUUCGCUCUUAGCUUAGCUGUAGCUUCUUUAAGGGCUUCCUUUCUCUUUUUACUAGCUAGCACUUUUGCCUGAACCCCACUCAGAUUGGGGUCCUUCUUCUCUUGCGGUGGAGGUGGUGGCGGUCUUCUUGCCGCUGCCUCCGCCCUCCGGUCAACCACAUUCACACCCAGCAUUACCCCUGUCAGGAUCAAGGCAGUGUUUCUGCAAUUUUGAGCCACACCACAUUGGAUGUGUGGCUAAUGAUCUUAGAGGAAUUUGAACACAAAAAAUUUAUAAUGCAUGUAACUUAUUAUUAGGGUCAAUUGCAUCUAAUAGCAAUUAUGCAAAAGAAUUUGUAGAUAUUACGAAAUUUAAAACCAACUCAAAAUCUAUCGUUGAUAAUAUAAUGUUCACUUGUAUUAGACUUGUACCUGCGUGAGAUGAGAUUGGUAUGUUGAGUUUCAUUGCAAGCGUUACUGCAAGCUUGUGGAUUUGGAAGCCUU